AUGUUUGAAAUUAAUAACAAUAAUAAUAGCAAUAUUAAAAUAAUUAAAAGUAAUAUAAUUUUUAAAAAGAUAUUAGAAUAUUGUUGGGAACAAGAUGAUUUAAAGAAAUUAUUCCAUUGGAGUAAUCAUACAAAACUUGAAGAUCCUUCAUUUGGAGAUUUAAUUAAACAUACUCAAAUUAGAGAGGCAACAAAAUGGAAAUUAAGUUUAAUGAGAGUAUCAUAUCAAUUUUUAACAAUAAUUUUAUCAAAUUUUGAGUUUAAUCUUUCAAAUUCAAAGUUUUUUCAACUUUUAGCUGAAAAAGAGAAUCAACAAUCACUUGAUUCACAUUCUGAAAAUAAAUUUGAAACAACAAAUACUUCAAAAACAGAUAAAAAUAAUUUAGAUGAAUUAUUUAAAAAACAAAAAUUUUAUUCAAUGGAAGAUGAUAUGAUUAAUAUUAUUGAUAGUUAUGAAAGUUUUGGAGAUCAAUGGUUUAUUGAAACAUUUGGAAAUUUAAGUCAAUGUUUUUUAUAUCUAAAUGAAGAAUCAUUAUUUAAUAAAAACUUUUUUAAAGUAAUUUCAAUGAUUGGUUCAACUAGAAAUAAUAAUAAUAAUAAUUUAGAUGAUGAUGAUAAUGAUGAUGAUAAUUGUUCAAUUACUUUAAUUUUUCAAUAUUCAUUUGAAAAUCGUAAAAGUAUUGAUUUUAAUGUUACAAAAUUAUUAUUUUAUUAUGAACAUGAAAUUAUGAAUCGAGAUAAAAAGAAAUUAACAUCAAAUAUUAAAACAUUAAUAUUUGAAUUUAUGUCAUCGAUGUAUAUCAAUCCAUAUAUGGUAUAUUCUCAAAAAUUAUUUUAUGAAUGUGGCUUAGAAAAUUCAGUUAAAAGUAUUUAUGCAUUUAAUCAACCUCAUUUAACAUUUUUACCAUACUUUUUCAGAGAUUGUAAACAAAUAGAAUUAAUGAGUCUUCAUACUGAUUAUCAAAAUACUUACGGUAGAGCAAUUAAUAAUGUAUCACAAUUUUCAAAUAAACUUCAAGAAAUGUCAUUAUCAAUACUUGAUGAUAAUUUAAUAGAUGAAUAUGUACCGAAUAUCGGUUAUUAUUUCUCACCAAUUGAAAAUCCACCACCAAAACAUUUCACUUUAAAUAUCAUAUUAAAAGAUGAUCAAAUGUGUAAUGACAUAUUUGGUAGUGGUGGUUUCAAUGAUAAAAAUAAUAAUUCAGUAUUAGAAUCAUUAUCAAUUUCAAUUGAUAAAUUGAAUUUAAAAUUUUUUAAACCAAUAGAGAAUAAUAAUAAUAAUAAUAAUAAAUUAUUUCCAAAUUUAAUUAAUAAAUUUUCAAUUAGAUUUUAUUUUAGUUAUAUGUCAACACCAUUGGAUGAUAUUAAUUAUUUUUCAAAAUUUUUCUCAAGUAAUGAUUUUCAAAAUGUUAAAUAUUUUAAUUUUACAAUUUUAAUUGAUUUUAAAAAAACUCAAACUAUCAAUAUAAAUACCCUUUCUGAUGAAGAUCAAUUAUUAGAAAUUUUGUUUGAAAAAGGUUUAAAAUAUUCAAGUUUACAAUUCAUUUCUAUUGAUUUUAAAUAUGAUUAUAUUGUUGGUGGUAAAUGUUUAUCUUUUAAUUUAUUAUCAAAAUUAUUAAACUCAAUUUCUUCAAAUAAAAAUAUAAAAGGUAUUUUAUUUGCUGGUUUAGAUAUAUCCAUUACAAAUCUUCCUGAUCAAUUACUUAAUUUUUCACUUUAUCCUUUUUCUUUAAAUGAAAAUGAAAAUAAAAAAUCAAUUUACUAUUUUAUUCAAUAA